GCCGGGGGUCAGGGCUGACCGUGGCUUGGCAGAGCCUUUGAGAAAGAGGAGAUCAAUCCAUGCUCCUGGCCAGCAGCCGCUGACCUUCACCAGCUCAAGUCCACAAACAGUCCUCAAAGCCAGGAGCUUGUCAAGCCCCGUAUUUGCAGAAAUCAGCAUCCCUAUUUGGAAACUGCAGCCGUACUGCAGACACACUUGGCAGGGACCCCUUCCCCAGAGAGCUCGUCCCAUCAGCCUUUGGGCUCAGGAGCCAAGAAUUCCUGCAGGCAGCCACGUUUCAAGUUGGGAAUGGGAAAUAGGCCAAAGGACGCCAUUCGAGCCCUGAAGAAGCGGCUCAACGGGAACCGGAACUACAGAGAAGUCAUGCUGGCGUUAACAGUGCUGGAGACAUGUGUGAAGAACUGUGGCCACCGCUUCCACAUCCUUGUGGCCAACCGAGAUUUCAUCGACAGCGUCCUGGUCAAAAUCAUCUCUCCCAAGAACAACCCUCCCACCAUCGUCCAGGACAAGGUGCUAGCUCUGAUCCAGGCGUGGGCUGAUGCCUUUCGAAGCAGUCCUGACCUCACCGGCGUUGUGCAUAUAUACGAGGAGCUGAAGAGGAAAGGGGUCGAGUUUCCCAUGGCAGACUUGGACGCUCUGUCUCCCAUACACACACCACAGCGGAGCGUCCCCGAAGUGGAUCCGGCCGCGACCAUGCCCAGGCCCCAGUCGCAGCAGAGGACGAGUGCCAGCUCCUAUUCCUCGCCUCCUCCUGCUCCCUACUCCGCUCCGCAGGCCCCGGCUCUGAGCGUGACCGGCCCCAUCACGGCCAACUCAGAACAGAUUGCCAGGCUUCGGAGUGAACUGGACGUCGUUCGAGGAAACACAAAAGUCAUGUCUGAGAUGUUAACAGAGAUGGUCCCCGGGCAGGAGGAUUCGUCCGAUCUGGAGUUGCUGCAGGAGCUGAACAGGACCUGCCGGGCCAUGCAGCAGCGCAUCGUGGAGCUCAUCUCCCGCGUGUCCAACGAGGAGGUCACCGAGGAGCUGCUGCACGUCAACGAUGACCUCAACAACGUCUUCCUCCGCUACGAGAGGUUCGAACGAUACAGGUCAGGCCGAUCAGUUCAAAAUGCCAGUAACGGAGUACUGAACGAAGUGACCGAAGACAACUUAAUAGACCUGGGGCCGGGGUCUCCAGCUGUGGUGAGCCCAAUGGUGGGGAACACGGCACCCCCAUCUUCUCUCUCCUCCCAGCUUGCAGGCUUGGACUUGGGGACAGAGAGCGUCAGUGGCACCCUCAGUUCACUCCAGCAGUGUAAUCCCCGUGAUGGCUUUGACAUGUUUGCCCAGACGAGAGGGAACUCCUUGGCCGAGCAACGCAAGACGGUAACCUACGAGGACCCCCAGGCUGUUGGAGGACUCGCUUCUGCACUAGACAGUCGGAAACAGAGCUCCGAAGUGAAGAAAGGUAAAGGUGGGGACUCUGACCUGGAGCCCAUAGACAGCUGGCUCAUAACCCAAGGAAUGAUCCCCGUUGCGCAGCCCUCUGUCAUGGACGACAUUGAGGUGUGGCUCAGGACGGACCUGAAGGGCGACGACCUGGAAGAGGGCGUCACAAGUGAAGAAUUCGAUAAAUUCCUCGAAGAAAGAGCCAAAGCUGCUGAAAUGGUUCCCAACCUCCCCUCGCCCCCAGGGGAGGCCCCGGCCCCGGCCCCAGCCUCAAACCCCUCCGGUCGGAAGAAGCCUGAGCGGUCAGAGGAUGCCCUCUUCGCCCUGUGAGCUGUUCUGCUGUUCGGCUCCCCAGAUGGCAGGUCACUCCUUGUUCCCCCGGUCCACACUAGGCACUGGCCACUCCUCCCAUCCCCAGUCCUCACUCGGUCCUGUGCUGCUGUGUCUCCAUGGAAACGCCACUGUGUUUGCUCCCAGGCCUCCCACUAGUCAGGACCAGCUUUAGCCACCUUCUUCUCUCUGGGUGGUGGGACAGCAUCGAAGCAGCCAGAGGCUCUCUUCCCCUGCCCCCGCCCCUCUGGCCCACAGGCUCCCUCUACCCAUGUGUCCUCCCCAGAAGAACAGGCAGUGGGACCCAGACCCAGGCAGGGCAGUCCCCGUGGGACCAUUUCCUGAGGAGACACCUGGACUGCCUUUCCUCCGGUUUCUGCCCACAGAGAAGGGGCUCCGACCCCAGCCCCUUCCCCCCCCCCCGUGCCCUGCCCCUACCUGACUCAGUGGGUCUCCUUGGACCGGCCUACACUCCCGUGCCCCUGUUCCAGAAAGGGCUUGUCUGCACCUGUGGGCUUGGUCUCCCUCCCUGGAAUGCUGCUCCCUGACGCGCGUCCCCGUGGCACUUGGCGUGCUCGGCACUUUAGAAGGCUCUGCCGGUGCCCUUGUGUGAGGCUUCUCGCCCUCUUGACCCUCUCUCCAUCACUCAGCUGCUAACCCGGGCCCACGCCAGGCUUGGCUUAGCAGCUGAGCCUGGGAGCGAGGGGUCCCCGAUGCACCCAGGGAGAGGGAGAGCCAAAGGCAGUUGCAAAGACGGCACGUGACCCAUGGAUGAUGGUCACGAGGCACACGGGUUAGCUCUUACAGAGAUACACAACUGUAAACCAAACUGCCCCACGUCCCCAUCUGUGGAGGGGCCCGCAUGGGGAGGAAUUGCUCUGGCUGCUUGGGAAAGCUUGGUGGGCUUGUGAGCACACCUGGUCUGUGGCAGCCUCUGUGCCACUACCUCCAGAGUCCAGGAGCAGAUGGCUCUGCACCAUAUUUGGAGAUCCAGUGACCAAGGGGCUGGAGUGACCUUCGGGUCCCUGCACUGCUCCUUGGUGUGGUCUCCGCUUCCUCCACAGAACGUCCUGACAGCCUGCCCUCUCCCCGCCCCCAACCCCCCUUGCUGCUGAUUUGUACCCUCUCUCCAAGCCAACCUAGAAGACUAACAGCCUGGGGCUGAGAGCUAGGGGUUGAGGACACUGCUCCCGUCACGGGGUGUCUCCUGGCCGUGGGCAGGACGCUCAGGCUCGGUGCGGUCCAGGGUGCAGCCCACCCCGCCCCUGUGCCGCGGUUGGCCAGGAAAAGAAGAGUGCUGCGGCAGCUGCUCCGAGCCAGCCCGUGAGUCCCCGGGGCCCGGGUCAGUGUUCCGGAAGGCGCUGCCCAGGUAUUGGGGCCAGACGUGUUCCCGAGCCGUGGCGUGGCCAGCCCUUCCCACCUGGCAGCCGGAGUGGGGUCAAGAGGCCGGGCUGGGCGCAGGCCAACACCAGUGCCUCAGGCUCUGGAAGAAGCAUUUAGGCCACGGCCCAGCACCUCUGGUGGAGAGCGAGGCGCUGCCUAUCCCAGAACCCUGUGCCCUGGUCCGGGGUCUGGCUGGGGCCCUCCUGGCAGGACCAGCCGGGGGUGUCACACUCCCGAUUCCUCAGAGGACGUGCAGGAAACUCCCUCUCAGAGAUCAGAGCUCAGCCAGCCUGACUCCAGCCCUGCCCUCCCUGGCAGCCAGUGC